ACGCGCAUCGCGUGUUCCAGAUUUCUUCGGUAACGACGUCACGCGCGCGCGAGCGAGCGAGCCUCGCGACGAUGUCUGACAUUUCGUCAUCUUUUUACGGUCAUUGACAGCCGCGUCAAUGCCGAGAAGAGUGUGUGACGGGUAGCGCGCAGUGCGGAGAUACGUGGUGCGUCUUCUCCGUGGUGUAUUUUGUGUUUUCUCGGACGCAUCCGUCGCGCCCCUUCUAUCCUUCUCUUCCAUCUCCCUCCCCGCUAUCUGGUUCGCGGCUCCUCCCCCGCUUCUUGCGGUGCAUUGCUCUUAAGAAUCAGCAGCGAUAAAUUCGAUGUCGCAAUCGAGGACAGUGAUGAUGAACGAGGUGUAUAGAUUCUGAGGCUGUGUGUUACGCCAACGUUGAUCGAAUCCCGUCAACGUCGAGUCGUUUUUUGCUGGGGACAACGACGGCAACGCCACAUAUCGAUCUCCGAUCGCGGGCGAUGCAUCCUCGCGUUGUUGAUAAACCGUCGACCUCAGAACGUCGGUAGAGAUCGGACACGCGAGAGAGAUGGAGAUCAUCGGCGAUUACGAGUACAAUCCCAAGGACCUCAUUGGUACCGGCGCCUUCGCCGUGGUCUUCAGGGGCAGACAUCGCAAAAAACCAAACUUGGUGGUGGCUAUCAAGAGUAUCACAAAGAAAACUUUGGCUAAAUCACAGGAUUUAUUGAAGAAGGAGAUUAAAAUCUUAAAAGCGUUAACUAAACUGCACCAUGAAAAUGUUGUUGCAUUAUAUGAUUGUAAGGAGUCUAAUCAUAACGUCUUCCUGGUUAUGGAGUAUUGUAAUGGUGGAGAUUUGGGAGAUUACUUAAAUGCGAAAGGUACUCUCUCCGAGGACACCAUUAGAUUAUUUCUUAAGCAAUUGGUUCGUGCAAUGAAGGUGUUGCAUGCAAAAGGGAUAGUCCAUAGAGAUCUCAAACCACAAAAUAUUUUGUUGAAUCAUAAUUGUGGCAAAGCUUGUCCACAACCACAUGAAAUAACAUUGAAAAUAGCGGAUUUUGGUUUCGCUAGGUUUUUGCAGGAAGGCGUCAUGGCUGCGACUUUAUGUGGGUCGCCAAUGUACAUGGCGCCCGAAGUUAUCAUGUCCCUCCAGUACGAUGCUAAAGCAGAUCUGUGGUCCAUUGGAACCAUAUUAUAUCAAUGUCUCACUGGGAAAGCACCACACCCUGCAAACAAUCCUCAUGCGCUCAAAUCAAUCUAUGAGAAUACUGUCAAUCUUGUUCCUAGUAUACCUCCUGGAACAUCGCUCGAACUGACGAAUCUCUUGAUGGGUUUGUUGAGGCGUGAAGCGACCGAUCGCAUGGACUUUGAUCAAUUUUUUGGUCAUGCGUUUCUAACGGGUACUCAAGACAGUCCUAGUCCGAGCCCGGUGCCCGUCGAACUGCCUGCAUCUCCGGGUACAACGGUGAUUCCGAUCGAGGAAGGAACACCGAUUGUCAAUAAAUUAGAACCCGAAACGACGGAGACUCCAUGUUCUAGUCCCGAGGACGACUUUGUUCUUGUACCGAGUGAUAUCAGCAGUGAUACCGAUAAUAAUCCACCAGUAAAGUAUACCAAACAAGUUAGUAGGGAAGCCAUCAGCCCCCUCCGGCCCUGCUUAUCGAAAUUGGGAGAAUAUGCUAGACAAACGAGCAGGGAAGCUAUCAGCCCACCCCGACCAUGCUAUCUGCCAAUCUCUGAGCCGAUUCCCGUUCCAUGUCAACGAAAUGCAGCAGCUCAGCAACCACCACAGUCUCCCUCGACGAAUGCCGCCCGAUCCGGCGGCAGUAGCGUUGUUCCCCGUUCCCAACCUAUCAGCAUGAAACGCAGCGUGGACUCCCACAGGAAUCAUCCGCCAGACAUCGGCUCCCUUAGCCCACCCAGCGUACAGUUUGUCAUCGGUACUCCACCCGGCAGAAGGUUGAGUGAGACUCCGCCGCCGCCCAAUACUUGGCAAGUGAGUCCCGUAGCAAGGCAUUCGCAUACGCCGAGCGGGACCUCGCCGUUGCGACGUUCCACAGGCAACAAUAGCGCAUCUUCGCCACUUCUCACGGGUCCACUGGCAGUGCUUGGUUCUCCAACCUCGCGAGCUUUUCAGGACAACAACAAUACCCUCAGGCAUUCGCCUGUUAUACCCUUCGGCACCAGAGCUGUCACUCUUCCGGAGAUAUCCGAAGCCGGUAGUUUUCAAAACCUCUUUCCGGAUAUACCACCAACGACGAUUGAUGAUCGUCCGUUGACAUUUAUCGCGCCGGAAUUGCCGGAGGAGACGCUAAUGGAACGCGAGCAUAACGAAAUUCUGGCGAAACUGAACUUCGUUGUCGCGUUAUGUGAAUGUGUGUGUGAAGUCGCUCGAUCCAGAGCCGGACCGCUUGGUAACAUCGAGCAACCAACGCCGCUCAGUGGAAUUGAGCAGAUCGGUAAUGCGGCUACUAGGAAACGCGCCGAGCAAGUCAUUCUGCUAGUUCGGGCUCUUCAGUGGCUUAGUUCAGGUCUGAAUCUAGCUACUCAAGAACUCAAGGCUGGAAGGCUGCAACCGACGGCUACUGUGAAGGACGUUGUCAGUACCAUGAACGAGAAAUUUAAGUCUUGUUUGACGGAAUGUAAACAACUCAACAGCGCGGGGCUUCUUCGUCAAACGGGAGCCACAGCAGACAAGAUAUUGUACAAUCAUGCGAUUCACAUGUGUCAAUCGGCGGCAUUAGAUGAACUAUUCGGCAAAGGCGGCGAAUGUUUCCAGCGCUAUCACACGGCGCAGAUAUUAUUGCACUCGUUAGCGCAGCAUGUCAGCCAUAGUCAAGAUCGAGCUUUGCUCAUUAAAUACAAAGAGGCCGUGGAGAAGCGGUUAUAUGUGCUACAGCAGCAAGGAUACAUCUACGCGACUGAACUUACGUAGCGCUUGUGAAACACGAUAGCCGAACAUGGCGGCAACAGUCGCCCGGAAGAAGUCCCGCCCGUGCAGCAGCCGCCCGUACUAUCGUACUCGAUAUCUCUCUUAUGUAAUAUAUUCUGCCCUAUUAUGUAUAAAAGGCGAGAUUGAAGCCGAAACCUAUAAGCUCUACAGCUCGAAACGGAGACGGGACUAAAUUCUCGCGGCUGAUUUUAUUUUACCGAGGCUAAUUAACCCAAAAAAAAGAAAGCUCCACCUAGUUCCGUAUGCGGAAUAGGAUAGACAUUGAGAAGAAAAUGAAAGUCUCCUAAGUCACCAUAUCCCCUAUUCAUUCACCCCCGCCCCCCUUAAGAUUUCUUUAUAUGAUUUAUUAAAACUUAGUACAACUAAGAUAUUAUAAUUGUACACUAUAUAAUAUGUACGUACACGUCGAUCGAUUGACCUAAUCUUUAUUUCGUAUAUCGAUCAAUAAACAUGUGUAUACUAA